AUGAUUACAAAAUUAAAACAAUUGAUUCAAGAUAACACUGCUGGAUAGACAAAUAACCCAGUUCUGACAGCUUUGCGAGACUUGAAAUUGAACAGCAAUGACACUCAAUUUACAUAAUAAGCAGAGAUAAGCAAGAGAUUAAAACAUUUUUUUGCCAAUUAGCAAUCAAAAACUUAGUUCUUAAAAUAAUUAUUGGUAGUAGUGGGAGACUAAUUGCAAUAAGAGAACAAUUUCUGGAUUAAGUUAAAAAUGCUUUUGUUAGUUCAUAUUAUCAUUAGUUCUUAAGUGGCUAGAGCUGAAUUCUCAAAGAUGAUUAUCAACACACGACUUAGCAUAAACAUCAAGAGUAAGGUUGACGUCGAUAAUGUAUAUGGCUAAUUAUGCCAAUCCUAUUAUUGUUAUAUUUACAAAUUGGCUGCUUAAACAACUUUAAUCAACGAAGAAUUCAAUAAACCUUAAGAUGAUCUAAUGAUCUACUUUACAUUGUCGAAUUAAUGCUACAUCGGGAUGAAUAUGCAAUCAGUGAUUGAGAAAAUCAAUCAAGAUCAUGAACCCAAUCCUGUGAUGGCUCAUUUAGUUAAGUUCUUAUAUUUUGACAUUCAGGAUAUUUAUAUUUUUAUACUUAAAGAUGUUAAGUAUCUAAUCGAAAAGAAUCCCACUCUGAUAGGCAACAGACAACAACUAUUAGAGUUGUAUAAGGAAUGCCAAUCCUUGUAAUCCAAAAUGCUGAGUUUUUACAAAUUCAAUAGAUUCUUUCCUCAUUUCAAUCAGAUCAUGCCUCCCCAUUCCAUUCAGAUCAAAGCCUCGGUUCUAAACGCAACUGUUGAAGAGAAACCUCUCAUUAAACAGCCUUCUAUCAAAUCAGGCCCACACGAGGUCAGAGAACCGCUGUCUGUCAAAAAUUCAGAUAGGAAAUUUCAGGAAUAUAACAGACCCUUCUCCCCUAAAUAGAAGAUGAAUUAAUGA